AUGGAAUCUGAAGAUGCUGCAGAACCACCAAAAAGAGCUAACCAAACUGAUAGUAGAAGCAUUGGUUCAGCAAAAUCAAUCAAAGCUGAUGAAGCUGAUGAGGAUGAAGUUGAAGUGGCACGGAUGGCAGCAAUCAACAAGGAAAUUAAACGUGUGUUGACAGAAGUUCUUCCGAAGGUUGUCAUUGCAUGGAGGUUACUGAUGAUCUUUUUAGUGAGAUUGCAAGCAAAGUUAUGA